AUGUUGCCAUACUUGCCGCUCCCGUUCGUCGAGUUCAACGGCACGAAGCCGAUCAUCUUCGACUUAUCCUCCGACUCGAGCUCGGCGCAGCUGGGGAUCUCGCAUUCGAGGUCCGCCGAAACGGCGUUCUGGUUCCUGUACCAGCACGCAGUGCCCUGUGAGAAGCCGCAGCAGGUGUUGAUAAAGCCGUUGCCCCACGAGGCCUGCUGGUUGACCGAUAGGUGGUUGGUCAUCGAGCAAUUGGAUUCGGUGAUGGUGGCAUCGCCACCGACGGGUGCAGAGCCAGAGGCGGUGGGUGCAGAUGCGGAGGCGGAAGCGGAUGAAGUGGUAGUGUUGGUAGAUUGA